CUAGAUUUUUAUAUUUUGUCAUUAUUAAAAGUUGAUCUACGUAUUUUGUCUAUUACUUUAACAACAAUGACUAAUUUUAUGCAACUUAUUUUAGAAAGUAACUUACACCAACAUGUUAAUCAACCAACGAGAUUUCGAAUAAAUAGUGAACCAUCUACCUUAGAUCUCAUCAUCACCAACGAUGAACAACUUAUUUCAGAACUUAACUAUCUCCCUCCGAUUGGUAUAUCGGAUCACAUAGUUAUAUCAGCAUCUGUACAAAUAACCUUUAAGAACUCAAAAACAAAUAGCUUCAACACUUAUUAAAUGACCAAUUAUGACUUUUCUAAACUCUCCGUAAUAAACUGGCUGCCGCUUCUAAAUCCUAUAAAAGAUGUUAAUGGUAUGUGGAAUACAUUUCACACAAUAAUAUUUAGUACGAUUGAUAGAUACACACUUAAAAAAUGUUUUCGCUAAAAUACUCUCAAGCCCUGGAUCAACGCUGAUAUAAUGUCCUUAAUUCAUCACAAAAACGUUUGUGGAUAAAAUAUAGAAAAUCAAAUGUCCUAACUGACUAUCAAGUACACAGUUUUGAGGUUGUUGAAGUGGACCACUCAUUUUUCGAAACUGGAAUGAUCAUCUAGAAAAAAUAUACAUCAAGAAAUCACCGUUUUCGUCACGUCCCUUAAAGGAGUUGGAAAUAAUGCCAGGUCCAGUAUUCAAAUUUUUUCUACAUACAAUGGCCUUUGGGAACGUGCAAAAAUUCAGUAAAUCAAAAAACCACCUGCGAAGAGGUCUACAAGACAACGAGUUCAUUCUCCCUGGUCAGGCAUAUGGUGGUAACAGUCAUAAUAAUCUUCAAUAUUUUAUGUUAUAAAAUUUUUGAGUAUAAUGAGCCCCUUUUUGCCUAGUACGUGUUUACAUCAACUACUAAAAAUCUUGAUUAUUCAAAAAGAAUCUAUUCAAACCAAAUCUAAAUAGAAGGAGGUGCUCAUUUAUAGGUUGCGAGUAUCUUAAAGCCUGUAAUCACGUUUAAAGUCUGAUUUCCUAAAUAACUCGGAAAGCCAAAAUUGUUAAUGAGCCCCUUUUUCCCCAGUACCUACUCUUCAUUUCUAUUUAUUUUUUCAUUUAUUUUAGAAAUUUUCUUACUUUUUGUCUUUCAUUUAAUGCCCAAAAUUUACAGUUUAUUGCUAAUAUAGAUCUGGACAGCGAUUAAUAAUAAUGUACUUAAUUAAAAACAAUAUUAAUCAGAAAUUAGACCUAUUGCGAAAAGUAUGUUAUGACGUAAAAAACCAUACUAUUUAAGAAAUAUCCUAUUUGACUCUUUUUUUAUUAUACAUUUUCUGUACUUUAAAUAUGUUGAUAAAUAUAUUUGAACCUGGAUUAUGUUUUAAUCCCGAAGCCACCCACCGUAUCAAUAAGGAAAUGAAUAAUUCAAAAUGUUCUCAUGAAAUUUAUGUCUUUUCAAGUUUUCCUGUACAUUUAUAUUAAAUCAGGGAUGCGCACUUUGCGACGGCGUCGGCGCCGCCGUCUAUUGUAGACGUCGGACGCUGGACGCUCAGACAAAAUUAGUCAUCCGCCGGCCUUUAUGAAGCAAACAUAUUUCUGAUCUAAACUGAACCGAUUUAACUAUAUCCUAAAGUAGAAAAGGAAAAACUGAGAAGCAGAAAUCCAAAUUUAUAAAAAUGUCUAAAUCACAAGUUGCUAUUCCAGAAAAUAAGACAGUCGCUAUAGGAGCAGGCAAUAGGGAGGAAGAAACUGAAGAAACCGAAGAAACAACUCUAUCGGAGAUGCAAAAAGAUCUUGGCCAUACCCAGAUAUCAGAGAAGAAGGCAACUUUCGACAGUACCAUAAACAAAUCAGUCGUAGAAGACAACAGAAGUCAACAAGUUCAUUCGACGAAAAACGUGAUGCAAUCGGAAAAUGUCCAAGUAUCAGAAAACAAAAAGUCGACUUCCAACGAAUCGUCUAAUCCAAAUUCAACAGAAGCAUCUCAAGCUCCCCUUUCUAAUUUAGGAUACAAAUCUUUGGAAUCAAUCAGAUCUUUCGAACCACUCAAACCAUUUGCUCCAUUACAAUUCGAAGUACCCGCAUCAUUCGAUCUUGUCAAAAAUGCCAACUCGUUUUUGCAAGGUGAUCCACAAAUAUCCAGUACAGAUGAUACAAGAAAUAUAUCGCCAACGAGUAAUAACACAGAGAAAAAGUUGAUUAUACCGGAAGUGAAGAUUGAUUCUCCUACGGAACAAAUUGUAGAAGAUCAAUGUGAAAUACCGGAAUAUAGAAUAAUACCAGAACCUGAACCAGAACCAGUACCAGAAUCAGUACAAGAACCAGUACAAGAACCAGCAGUUUUUACUAUGUCUAAAAAUUCCAUAAUUUUUGAAGAAUUGGGAUACACGCCAGUUCAGCCGUUAGCACCGUUGGAUUUAAAUUCCCUAUUUUCUUCUGUAUAUACAGAUCAGAACGGUAAUACAAAAUAUAAUUCAGAAAUUAAAGAUGGUAAUAUUAGGAAUUCACUUAAGGAGAUUAUUUCGGAUUUGGACAAUUAUGUAGAAAGAAAUGAGGCAUUAGGAAAGGGUUUGGAAGAAACUAAUUCGUAUGGAAGAAAUUCUCAGGUGAGUACCUACAAUUUUAAACUAUUUAUAAAGGACUUUAAUAAUAUAGAGGGGUGUCUAAAAUAUACUGACAAACUUUUAAGGGCGAUUCAUAAUAAAAAUGAUUUUGGAAAAUAUCUUCGUUGA